UCUUGGGUAAGAAACAUGUCUUUUAUCAUCGACAUUAUUUCAAAGGUCAUAUGGAUCAUUCAGCGAAAAUGUAAUGGCUCUCGACGGACCAUUGUCAACCCACAUGAUAUCUGUCGUACCCACAUCAAAACUAUCCGAGGCAAACGGAAACCCCUGAUUCCGAAUCUGUAUCUGAAUCUGAAUGCAGCCAACUCUACACAGAAAUGCAGCAGUCUGGUUUUGGAACUGGAACCUCGUAUCGCUGCGUUUGUUGGGCACCUUCUAUGGCAAAGAAAGUGUAUCUGUAAAUUCCGUUUCUGCGGCGAAGGGGAUUGUCCCGAUUGGGUAUUGGCCGAAAUCAUAUCAACACUCUCCAACUUGAGUAUAGAGAAUCUGGAAAAGCUAAGCGAUCUGGUGGCUCAAAGAAUAUCUGGCGGAGCUUUUGAGGAAGCGGCCAUCAAAUCGUUGACAUCCACACUCACUAAUGAGGGGAAAACGGCCGUGGCCUGCAUCAACUUUAUGCUGAUCAAUGCAUCCCGCUACAACUGCACGGAGAGCAUAUUUGGAGAGGAGAUCCAACAGCUAGGCCUUCCCAAGGACCAUGCUGCGGCCAUGUGCCGUGUGCUGCAGAAACAUUCCGGUUCCAUACGUCAGAAAAUGUUAGAUAAGGCAUUUAGAAUUAACGAGCUGCAAAGCGUACGUAAUGUAACCUCGCCUGGCGAAACGCCAGCAAAUUGUGCCACCCUGGAACUGAAAAUCUUGCAAGAACUGGUCGAUGGCCUGCCCAAGGAUACCACGCAUAUUGUUAACUUCGAACGCUCGCAUCUGAAGGCUCUGCUGGCGGAGCUGAAAGUGGCCCGCGAUAUUAUGGACAAAUACGAAAAUUAAAACUAGAAUGCAAAUGCGAUGAAAGAAAAUUGAAGAGAGUAUUACAUCUUUAUUGGAAUACACCGCAGCUUUGCUUGAUUAAGACUCGGUCUUUGGAAUGUAUAUUACUGCCAAAUCAAUCAGUCAGACUGUCGGUCAGUCAGGGAAAGCAUUUUAUAUAAUAUCGAUGUAGAUUCAACGGGAUUUUGGCACCCGAUUGCAGAUGAUUCACGAACAGAUGAAUACAAUGAACUCUUCCCAGUUAAUGGAGCACAACAGUUUCAAAAACCCUUUUGAAGUCCCGUUUGGAUCUGCCAAGAAGAACAGAGCUUUGGUAUGAACACCUGGAAUGCAUCGCGUAGCCAAUUUUGAUGAUGCAUCCAGCAAUGACGUGCUGGAUAGAAUAUGAUGCCUGUGAUUCUUAUUUAACCCGCGGCCAUUAUUGAAAGAAACUGCUAAGCAAUUUAUUGAUCGCAAUAACUAAAAUAGAAAAAUCCCUAAAAAUCUGUAUCUACGAAAAACAAAAGAG